AUCUACCUGCAAUUCAGACUCAUUUCAUUCACUUCCCAGUAUACUCCUAGCUAUGAAUGAACGGACAUACCCCCAGCCAGUCCCUGUAUUGCACUUAGAUGGGUUUGGAGGAAUGCCUACCGGUGUCCAGCCGUACUUCAAUAUCUCAAGCUCUGGCCAGCCUCGUUCUGCCGCAAAGUCGAACCGCGAACCUAAGCAGCUGGCAUGCAUAAGUUGCCGCCGGAAAAAGGUCAAAGUAAGUGGCCUUCAUACGAUGACGCUAGUGAAAAGUCUGAAGCUCAUAUAAUGCAUCAGUGUUUACCCAGUCCUGGCGGGAGGGACGCCUGCUCCCUUUGCGCAAAGCUCAAGAUCGAAUGCCUCAUCCCGCAGGUCGACGAAAGGCGCCAAUCGACCCCAAAGCGAUUGGUCAGAGGCCUAUGUGCCCAGAUUGCGCAGCUUCAAGCCGAGUUGGAUACGCAUAAGCAGUACUGCCUCAUGGGGCCGGAGCACGGAGACUCAAGCUCAGCCCAAGACGAAGUCUUCAGUCCAGCAUCCGAGUCCAGCAGAUCCGACGCCUCGAAGUCUAGCAACUCCGACAACAUGAUCGUGCGGCUAUGUGGGGGCCAGCGCCAGCUCAACAGUGACAGAGUUGGCCGGCUGCGCUUCUUUGGUCCAACGUCGAGUUUACAUCUGGCCGAAAGCGUGACAUCCUCGGUCUUGAUACGCGAAUCGAAUGGGACGAGAUCGCAGCUGCAGUGGCAGGAUGAGUUUCCUCUAGAUCUUCAGCAACACCUUUUGAACUUGUUUUGGACGUAUCAGCAUCAAGUGCUCCCUAUCAUACAUAAAGAAGGUACAUGCUUACUUGAUACAAAGCGCAGGAGCUUGUUCACGCUAACGCUUGAAGCAAAGCUUUCCUCCGUGACAUGAAUAACGGCGACACGAAAUACUGCAGUAGACUCUUGGUAUACUGCAUUUUGACCAGAGCAGCGGCGAUAUCUGACCAACCUGGGCUUAGAGCUUUGGCUCUGAGCGAUGAUGCAGAUGACGACCCGCCGUUCCUUGUCUGGAAGUGCGUGUCUUAUCUAGAUAUCGAACUCAACAAUCCGGGAAUCACGACAUGUCAAGCAUUGCAGUUGUUGAGCGAGAUGCACUGCGCGAUAUC